UGUGUGUGCAGAGAAAAAAGAUAUUUCGGACAAGACAAGUUAUGAAGAUGUUCAAGUUGUAUUAUUGAUGUUUUUAACUGCUCACUAGAUUAGACCUUCGUGACAAGAUCUCGAUUUAAAGCAGAUGCAUCUCGAGUCAGAUAGUUGAUAACUGCAGGUGUGUGUGGAAUUGCUUUAUUUAACGUCCGCUUCCACCGAAGUGAUAUCGCAGACAAAAAGAAGCUGUGCCCGAAAUAUGAUUUAGUGAUAGUUUUGCUGAAUACUCAUAAGGGCCAACCUUAUUCUGUAUCGGACAUUUUCCAAAGCCUGAAAGCAAAAUGGCAGACAGUUAUUCGACUGCGAUUGAUUUAUAUAUAAAUGGCCAACAAAACCUUAACCCAAGAGACUUUGUGACAAAGAAAGAAAAUACUAAUCGCGACACCACCGAAGACGUGUCUUCGAUCGUCGACAACAACAACAUUUCGAAUGUCGAGACCAGAAGACGAAGACCGUCCUUCAGAUCUUUAACCAGCAAGUUUAAAUCAAAAUUCCAGAUAAAAAAGACGGACAAACUAUCGAAGUCCCAUUCCCAAAGUUCAAACCUGAAUCAAACCAUUUCGGAUUUAGAAGACGUCAUUACAAACCUGAAUGAGGAUUUAGCUCUACAGACAAACCUGCUGACGGAGGCAAAUACCGAUAGGCAAACCUUGAAUUCACAGUAUACCAGUUUGAAGACACAGAACUGGGAACUGAAGAACUCUUGUGAAUCGCUGACGGAAACUAUCCAGAAGCUGACAAAUAAGCAUAAUGAACAAGUCAAGAAGUACGAGGAGUCAUUAAUCGAACUUCAAAAUCGGAUAAAGCUUCAUCUGCAGGAACUUGAACAAUUGUCUAUCUCCCAGCAAACGUUAGAACAGAAAACCAGAGAUGGCUGUGUUUGUAAAACUGGAGUAUCAAUUGACACGGACAUCCAGCAUCAACAGAUAAACGGGCCUACUGGUUAUGAAGAGUCCUUGGUAGUGGUGACAGAGCUUCGACACCAGUUAAAAAUCCAGAAGGAAGAAAUCCAUCAAUUGUCAGUCACCAACCAAAAAUUAGAACAGGAAAACAAAGAUGUCAUCGUUGGUAGUGUGGAGAUGCAAAAUAAAAUGGAUAAUUUAAGCCAGAAAUACGAAGAGUCUCAAAUAGAACUAACGGAACUUAAGAAGCAGGUGCAGUUGCAGACAGAUGAGAUCAACCGAUUGUCAUCCUCCAACCAGAAAAAUAUAGAUUGCAUUGUUUGUAAAAUUAAGGUUAAGAAGGAAUCGAUUUCAAAAAGUCAGCUAUGUGAAGAGUCUGUGGUGGAUCUCAGAAAUCAGAUGGAAGUACAGAAAGAUGAAAUCAACAGAUUGUCCACCACCAACAAGAAGCUUGAACAGAAAAUCAUAGAUGUUAUGUGUAGUAAAUUUGAGACCAAAGUCAAGCGUCUUGACGAUGAAGAAUCCAUGGCAACGCUUCAUACCCAAGUGAAAUUACAGAAGGACGAAGUCGACAAAUUGUCCAACAUCAACGACACGUUAGAAUUGUUGCUCAAGGAUGGCAGAAUUAGUGAAAAUGAAUUGAAAACUAAAAUGGAAAAGCAAAACAAAGAGCAUGAAGAAUCCGUAACAGAGUUGAAAACACAAAUACGAUUACAAGCUGUUCAAAUACAAGAAUUGUCCGCCACCAACGAAAUGCUGAACCAGGAAGUUGAAGAUUCUCAGAAGGACGAGAGGAAGAAGGAUAAUGUAAGAGACAUGGGUAGUACAAUGACAUGGAAGAACUAUUCAUACAGCAUUGACCAGUCUCUGAAUACAGAACAGACAACGCGAUUUGAUCACAUCAGACCCUUAGACGAUAAAACCAAUAUUUUAGUUGGCACGACUGUUAUGCAACGUGUCAGCCCCUGGCGCCUGGACAGUACCGGUAACACAGAAAUACGUACCCUACCCGGUGCGUCCAUAAACGACAUCUAUGACUUUAUAUGCAGAUGUGAAGCUUCGUUCUAUACUUUAAACUUUGUAGUUUUGGCCGAGACUAAUUUCGCUGGUCCAGGACUUAAUGUGAGUAGAUGUGAAGCUGAUUAUAUCCAACUUAUUUUGGUUAUCCGGCAGAGAUUUCCCCGGGCAAUCAUUAAGUUUAUUGGCUUAAUACCACGUCUAUCACUUUCAUACAAUCGAUCAAUUUUGCGAAUCAACACCAUGUUGCAGAUGCUCUGUUGCGAUUUCAACUGUGAAUAUAUUUCAUCUGAACCAUCCUUUCUGUCCGUCUCCGGUGCCUUGAAGAGUUCUCUCUAUGCGGAUGAUAAAACUCUGAAUCAAAAAGGCACAGCUGAAGUUGCUAGAUUACUUCUUUCAGCUCUCAGAUACAAAAGCUGUUGUAUGCUGAGGCAUUAAAAAUUCAUUCUGAUCGUUUGUGUAUUUGUCCUUACAUUGUGCCCGUCUCAGGUACAUGUGUCACUAAGAACUAUCUCUACGUUAAUGUUUGAACUGUGUGAAAUAACCGAUGGUGAAAUGCGCGAGUUUAUAAAUUUCCGGGAUCAGUAACAACCAACCAAGACAGUGGUUAAAACCACUGGUGGCUUGUCAUGGUGUGUAUUCAAUUAAACAUACUAAUAUGAAUUUCUAUCACAUUUAAAUCAAAAUCAUUGGAGUUGCAGCCCUUUAGCAAUUGUGUGUUAUUUCCAUUUGAGAGCUUAAGCGGCCCAAAAUCAAAGUUUUGUUUCCGUGUCCUGCAUCAGUGUUUUAAUUACACUGUAUUUGAAUUAAUGAAAGUGCAAUAUUGUGUACCCUGUAGCGAUGUACGUGAAUUUUAAGUGGGUAUUACGAUCACGAUGUGCUAAAUAAUUGUGCUCUAAAAUCUAAAUUGUGCUCGAACCUUGACUGGUCAUGAUUUGAUGUAGUGUUCACAUUGUGUUAGGGGCUGUCUCGGUACUGUCCGCGAAAGUUCAUCGGAAUCUUUCGACCAACGCUGGGCUGGGGACCUCCAGGAUAUUGGUCCAGCGUUAUGCUGACUGAGUAACCGAGACUCCUAAAACCACACGUAACGAUGUAACAGAUCGACCAUGAGCAACCCCCCUCUGUUACACAAAUUACAUUGUAAAUACUAGAACGGGUAAUAUGUUAGUCUAUGUUUCAGGUCCGUCUUAAUGUCUGAACAUGGUAUUCUUGUAUUUGGACCUCAGUACAUGUAUCUACACUUUUUUUUGAAUAUUAUAUUUUAAAUGUUCGAUUUAUACCAAUGUAUUUUAAAUGUUUUUAUACAAAUGUAAUUUUUAU